AUGAUAACUUCAGCUGAGUCUGACGAAGAAAUGAUAUCUUCGGCUAAGUCUGACAAAGAAGAAAUACAAAUUUUAGCUGAGUCUGAUGUGGAAGAAAUAUCUAAUGUAGGAGAAAUAUUUGGUGUAGAAGAAAUGUCUGGAAUAGAAAUAUCUGAUAUAGAAGAGAUAAUGUUUAAUACAGACAAAAUGUGCUUUACAAAUC